AUGUUGAUGCUUGAUGGAACUUUCUUGAAAGGAAGACACAAAGGCUGUUUAUUGGUUGCUACGGCAAAAGAUGGUAACCAAGGUUUAUAUCCGUUAUGUUUUGCUAUUGUCGAUAGUGAAAGUUAUGACAAUUGGCAUUGGUUAUUGUCAAAGUUAUUUGUUAUUUUGACUCCAGGGAGGGAUAUUGCGUUUGUUACUGAUUGGCAUGGAGGUUUGCUGAAAGCUUUAGCUGAGGUCUUUCCGUUUUCUUCUUAUUCUUUUUGUCUAAUGCAUUUGAAGACAAACUUGAAGACUUACUUGUCAGUGAAGAGUUGUGAAUUUAAAGAGUAUUUGCUCACUCUUUUUAGUAGAUGUGCAUAUGCUCCUACUAUUGAGUUGUUUAAUGAGCUAUUUGAAGAAUUUAAGGGUCGUUGUGGUCGUAGUAUUGAGAAGUUUCUUGAGGAUUUGCCUAAUGAGUGUUGGUGUAAUGCUUAUUUUCAAGGCAAGAAGUAUGGUGAAAUGUGCACAAAUGCUGUGGAAUCUUUUAAUUCAUGGAUUACGGAUGAACGCCAUUUGUUUUCAGCUAGUCUUGUUGAUGCUAUACGGGUGAAACUAAUGGAGCAAUUUUCAAGAAGGAGAGAAGUUAGGAAUACGUGGAAUCGUAUUGUUUGUCUUUUUGCAGAGAAAAAGUUAGAAGAAGCUUUUAAUGAUACAAAAGCAUGGAUAGUUAAGAAAUGCAACGAUGACAUUUAUGAAAUCCAAUUAGAUCAUUCAGUUAUGGUUGAUAUUGGAAAACGUUCUUGUUCUUGUUGA